UACGCACCUGCGUGCAAAAGAGGGCCAUUUCAAUAAGAAAACAUAUUCAAACGUCUUCUUGUCGGCCCAUUAUUAACUACAACUUAGUUUCAAGUUUCUGGCGAUUCCUCAUCACUACACAAUACACAUCAGAUUUAAUAAAUAUGUGGGCUAAACCCAGAUAUUUCCCGAACGUACGAUUACUUGGAUAUAGAUUUGAAUCAACAACAAAUUCUGGAACGCCCAAGGAGAUAUUAGAUAAAAUAAUAAGAGUCGAUCAUGCUGGAGAAUUAGGCGCUGAUAGAAUUUAUGCUGGACAAAUGGCUAUUUUAGGAAAAACCCCAGUUGGACCAUUAAUUCAACAUAUGUGGGAUCAAGAAAAAGGACACAGAGCUGAAUUUGAAGAUCUGAUAAGAAAACAUCGAGUACGACCUACUGUGAUGACUCCAUUGUGGAAUGUUGCUGGGUUUAUGUUAGGGGCUGGCACGGCGUUGUUGGGCGAGAAAGCAGCAAUGGCCUGCACAGUUGCUGUAGAAACUGUUAUCGUUGAUCACUACAACGACCAAUUACGUACUUUGAUGGAAGAUCCAGAAACAAAUGAGGAGUUGCUCAAAACUAUCAAAAAAUUCCGAGAUGAAGAACAAGAACAUCAUGAUACUGGUAUAGAUCAUGGCGCUGAGCAGGCAAUAUUUUACAAAGGCUUAACUGAAGUUAUCAAAGUCGGGUGUAAAACAGCGAUAGCUAUUUCAAAAGUAGUAUAAUGUAGUAAACUAAAAGUAGUAUAA